UAGUUGAAGCAGUAGAGACAAAGAAAGAGGGAGACGCAGACACUAUCUGAUAUCCCAUUUUUUUUUAUUACAUUAAAAAAUAUAUUAAUUUCGAUAAACGCUGUCACUGCGCAUAUACAGUCUUCCGACGGUGGUUCGCGAUCGGAUCCGAAUUCGAGGGCGGAAGCAGUUUCCGGUAGCUCCGAGACCGUGGCACUGGCGGUGGCGCCAGUUCAGUUUGUUUCCAGUGCGAAUCGUUUCGGUGUUUUUCUUUUCUGUUAUUGAUUCGUUCGAUCCAGAAAAUCGUGGUGGAUUGAUUCCAUGGCGUAUAGACGAAGACAGCAGCAAGGGUUUUCGAAACCUUCGUUUUCGACCUUCGAAGACGAAACCACUCGAAACCCUAACUCCUUUCCGCCGCCAAACGACGUCGUUGAAGGUUUAGCUUCGUCGUCGUCGUCGUCGUCGUCUUCGCUUGCUGCGAAAGCUAUCAGAGCUUCUUCGGCGCGUCGCGACUCUUCUCUGUCCUCUCUCUAUGGUCUCUCCUCCGCUUCUUCUCCGACAGCUCCUUCUGAACCCAUUCCAACUCCUCCUCCUUCUUCCAAGGAUUCAAGACCCUAUGAAUAUACAUCUAUGAAGAACAUGAACGAAUCCAAGAAUGGAUUUUGGGGUGUUCUAGCCAGAAAAGCCAAAUUGAUUAUCGAGGAUGAUAAUGUACCCCAGCAAUCUGAAAUGUCUGGAGUGGGAAGGUCACAAUUGCCUGGUGCAGCAUCUAGGGGCAAGUUCCAAAAUUCAAAUCACCCAGAGGAGAACAAUCUCAAAAGGGAAAGUCCAGCAUUUAUGAAGGGAUUAGAUGCUAUCACAUCUUCUCUUACUCAUAUUGGUAAAUCUUUGGAGGAAGGUUUAACAAUUGUUGAGAACCGGACUUCAGAUAUCAUUCACGAAACUCGUAGGCAUAUCAGGAAGAAGCCUGGAAGCUUUGUAGGGCAAAAUCAGGAGAGAAACCAUUCUAGUACAGUUCAUCAACAAUCCCAAUUGCGAAACCAGAUGUCACCUAAGCAAACAGACCAAGAACUUCAACUGAAGGCAUCACGCGACGUUGCAAUGGCAAUGGCUGCCAAAGCAAAACUACUUCUUCGGGAGUUGAAGACUGUCAAAGCUGAUCUAGCUUUUGCAAAAGAUCGAUGCGCUCAGCUAGAGGAAGAAAAUAAAAUCCUCCGUGAGAAUCGUGAAAGGGGAGACAACCAAGAUGAUGAUGAUGAUUUGAUACGACUGCAACUUGAAUCUCUUCUUGCUGAAAAAGCUCGCCUGGCGCACGAGAACUCUGUUUAUGCCCGUGAGAAUCGCUUUCUAAGGGAAGUUGUUGAAUACCACCAACUUACAAUGCAGGAUGUUGUCUACUUCGACGAGAGUACUGAAGAAGUCACUGAAGUUAACCCUCUUAACCUCCCCCAAGUGCCUAAUAUAUCCCUGGAUUCUAUUACUACACCCACAUCCCCCCUAUCACAGUCUCCAGAUCCCAACCUUGGCAUCACUUCAGAAUUAACCAGAGGCAUCCCAUCUACUGUAUCUGGAAAGGAUGUUAAAAUCGUAAAGGAUUCACGGAAUUCUGAAGCCACUAGAAGCAUCUCUUCCAUCACAGGACAUGAUGCAAAAUAACAUGAAAGUCGUCUGUUGAGAUAGUGAUGCACCUCUUUUUAUACUUCUUUUAUUUGAUAUUUAUAUGCUGCUCGUUUCAUGUAUCGUGGGUGACAUUUCCUUGAUGUAAUUUUGUACCUUAACCUUAUCUCCUGUAACUUUGGGUUUCAUUUUUUUAUUUUUUCAUUAUAUCAGCAUAUGUUACUUAUGUCAAAGCAGCAAUACAUGACAAAAAGUUCCUGUAUCAUGGCUAAACUUGUCAAAAUCAUCUACUCAUAUUUAAUAUUUGGU